AAUAUGUUUCCAGUUGAGCAAGUGAGCCAGUGAGUUGUAUUUCGUGCAGCGUCUUUCUUGUAAAUGGAGAAUAAUAUUUCUUUAAUCAGGGAAACUUUUAUUCGUGAAUUGCAACGUGAUUAAUAACGAAAUUGCUCCGCCUAAAUGCAUCAUGUUCGCAGUUGGUUAAUGGUUUCCUAGCCGUGGAUUUUGUGUUCCGGCAAAUGUUUUUCACGUUCAUUUACUGCCAUCGUAUGCUUUUCCUUGAAGGGGUUCUCAAAACGGGAGUGGUGAUUCCUACGCAGAACCGAGCUGCUGAUGAUAAAUUCGAAAAGAAUGAAGAUUGCUUGCAGAAGGCGGUGGAGUUAAUUUAGUAAACCUGGCACGUGGGAAAUCGGGCUACAAGCCUGGAUCAUCAUCCUCCUCUUCCUCCUCAUCCACGGAGGGGCUGCACAGGAUGCCAGGCCCAAUGCCCGAGAAACCUCGUGUCCAAACUCACAAGAUGUUGGGGUGCAAUCGAACGGACGAUUUCAAUACGCCAGUCAGUUCCGGAAGCAAUAUGGGUAGCAUUGCCAGAUUUCCAAAAUUGGACGAGUGUGCUCAUUUCCAUUACGAACAUGUAGAAUUGAGUUCAUUGGAUGUCUCUCUCAGCGAAGGAUCAAACGAUUCAGACAGCUACGAAGUGAGAGUGACAUCGGGCGAUGCUUGCUGGACUUUACAACGAUCUUAUGAAAACUUUGUUAUGUUCGAUAAACAUUUACAUCGUUGUAUAUUUGAUAGGAAAUUUUCGUCUUUACCAAAACUCGCUGAUAAUCGGCCUAAAACCAGUUGCGAUAUAUUAAAGGAGUAUCUGAUUCGAUUCUCGCAAUUAAAUCACGAAGGCUUAAAUUGUGGACCGGUUUUAAAUUGGUUACAACUUGAUAAUAGAGGUAGAAGAAUCCUUGUUCCAGAAUCUGAUUCCUGUCCAAUCAAUACACCGGCUGUCGCUGCUGCUUAUGCAAUUCGACCCUACGCAGCACAAGCGCAAGAUGAGAUUUCCUUUCAAGUUGGAGAUAUGAUCUCAGUGAUAGACAUGCCACCCCCGGGGGAGAGUACGUGGUGGCGAGGAAAGCACGGAUUCGCUGUGGGCUUCUUUCCCGCCGAUUGUGUUGCUGUAAUUGGUGACAAAGUUCCUCGUCACUUGGCCAUUUCAACAACCGUCCGUUCUAAAUUGCCAGUGAAACCAGUGUUGAGAAAACAUGGCAAACUUAUAGCUUUUUUUAGAUCAUUUAUCCUUAAUCGGCCUUCUAGGAGAAGAUUGAAACAGUCCGGUAUUCUGAAGGAGCGUGUCUUUGGUUGUGACUUGGGAGAACAUCUCUUGAAUUCUGGCCACGAUGUACCAGCUGUUCUCACUUGCUGCGCCGAAUUUAUCGAGACACAUGGAUUAGUCGAUGGAAUUUACCGCUUGAGCGGAGUGACCUCAAAUAUCCAAAGACUACGACAUGCAUUCGACGAAGAUCGUGUUCCUGCUUUGCAUUCCGACGAAAGUAUCCGCCAAGAUAUUCAUUCUGUAGCCUCCUUGUUGAAAAUGUAUUUUAGAGAGUUGCCAAAUCCAUUGUGUACCUACCAGCUUUAUUCGACUUUUGUCAACGCCGUUCAGGCUGACAGCGACGCUGAACGACUCAGGAGAAUGAGAGAUACAGUCAGAAAAUUACCACCUCCUCAUUACAGAACGUUGGAAUUUCUCAUGCGGCAUCUGGUGAGGGUAGCAGCUAAAGGAACCGAAACUGGAAUGACGCCAAGAAAUGUGGCUAUCGUGUGGGCUCCAAAUCUUCUUCGCUGUAAGGAACUUGAGGUUGGUGGGGUAGCGGCACUUCAAGGGGUUGGAGUGCAAGCUGUUGUGACAGAGUUUCUCAUAUGUUAUGCCGAAUUGAUUUUCGGAGACGGUCCGGUUGGUAGGCCCAAGUCUCUAGCAAUCACUACUUCCGCCAGAUUGUUGAGUCUGGAGGAGGCGAGGAAUAGAAAUCUCAGAAGCGAGGCGGAAUACAUUGAAGUUGGCGCGGGUCCUGCUGGACUACCAACCCACUAUCAUACAGUUAUAGAUUUACCACCAAGGAAGAGAAGCGGUUCGAAACGAUCUCCGUCGUUGAAUUGGCGAGCUCUGUUCGCCAGAAGCAGUUCGGGCACUAAAGGCAAGGCGAGACCGGUCGGAACACCUCCUCAAGCAGAAACUCCUCCGAAUUUCGUUAAUUCUCUUCGUCGUUUGAGAUCUGUGAAAAGUGCAGACAGUUUGGAUGGAGAGGACAGUUUGGGCCCUCUCCUAGGACCACCACCAUCGCGACCUUGCGGUCACAGUAGAUCAGUUUCGCAUGAUUCGUACUUUGAUCAUCUCGCGGAUGCGCCGAAUACAGCCUCACCGCUGGAUCUUUCGGAAAUUCAACUCAACUUUGAUUUGGAGGAGCGGGAGAUGAGAAUGUUUUCUGAAGAGGAGAGUACUGGGAUUGCCUCGGUGGAGGCUUCGCCACGAAGGCAGAGGAGCGAUGGACCGCUAUCGGUCACUGUCAGCGGAGGAUCGAAGAGGAAGCGAUCGAGACUCGAAGAGAGACUGCAUUGUGAUGUCGAACUACGCUUUAUCGAUAGUCAAAGUCCAGAUCAGGUUAUGGUAUCAGCAGAUGUUCACGGAAUGGAAACGCCGUCACCUUUGACAACUCCAGGCUACUUGCCGCUUUUAUCCGAGGAUUCAACUCCACUAACUCCAGCUACACUACCCAUCUCGCCUCUGCCAGCCAACAGCCCUAGGAUAAGUUUUCGAAGUUUUAAUUUGCCUUUAGACGUCGACAACAAUGAGACUAGCUCCGAAAAGCUAAAUAGAAGCAGCGCGUCUUCCGAUAAGGUAUUCGACACUAGUCAUAGGUUGUCUAUCAAUAUAGACAGUCAAUCUGUUAAUGUUAAUGAAUGCGAGAGUAUGCAAACUUACGACAGACUUUUAGAAUCUUAUGACGCUAAGUCUCUCGAGUCUUCCGUGAGUCAACCAAUGUUUCAUGAGUCGAACGGUGUCAUUUCAGACUUUUUCGAUCAAGAAAUGACACCUUGCGAUAGGUUAGUCUCCUCCUUGGGUAGUGAUCCAUCCGAAGCAAGCAACUCACUGUCCCCAAGAGAUGAACUGUCCGACAGACUGAGCUCUUGCCUGGCCGAGGAAAGCAAACACUUUGAUUCGAGAAAUAUAUCCGAGCAAAAGCCAAAUACCGGAGACAGAAGGAGCUCCUCGAAUGAAGACGCACUUGCCAAUGCUUCCAACACCCAAGCGAAUGAUGUGGCCGCUCUCCCCUUGUCAAGUCUGACAGACUUGGAUUCCCCCAUGUCUUGCGAACAAACCUUUGAAGACUUGCCGGACUCCGGUUUCGUCAUUUGUGAUAGCUCAGACAAAAUAUUCACAAUCACAGACACUCAGCCCUUGGCGUCCAAUGCCAACGAUUCCGGCGAGUGGGUCAUGGUCGAACGCACCACGAGCGAGACCAACAGUCCAAAGGACUCUUUGGAAGGAACUGUCAACCCCGCUAUAGCCACAGAAGCUCCGCAAUUGCAGUCAAAUUGCGAAAACGUCUCAAGAACUUCUCUAGACUUGACAAUGGCAUCGAAUGUCGACACAGACACCUCUUGCAUUGGCACGAGUGAAUUGACUGACAGUCCCGUUCAAGAGACAAACGACAUUUACGAAGACGAGAACAAACCUUCGAAUUCAGCUCCACUCAAUGAGCAAAGAGACGAUGUGCCCGCCACUUUCUUAACUUGUUCCCCGCUUAGAUUAAGAGCGCAGAAAUUUGAACUAAACCAAAGUGAAAAACACCCUUCCAAACUGGAUCACGGAGGAAGCAAGAUUGAGCAAAAGAGUCUGAAUCAAAAGUCAAAAAUCGAUGAGAAAUUAGACAAUAUUAGAUUAAAUCAAAAACGAUCGACGAUUGAGGAAAAUUCGCCUCAGUUCUCCGAGAGACAAAAACCACUGCUACCUUCGGACGGCGAGCGAAAGAAUGUUUCUCAACUGCAAGAGGCUUUUGAAAAGAACAUCGAAAAGUGCCAUACUUAUGGGUACAGUCAACUGAAACAACGCAACCAUAAUCAGUACCAAUUUCGCAUGAAACACUUGAACGAUAAACGAAAGCAAGUUCAGAAUACUCAAGUUCACAACAAUGAGGUGAUGAUUCCUUCGGAGAAUGCGGCUCAACCCUAUGAGGUCGUUCACGUUCCGGAGGGAGCUUCGGGCACUGCUUCUUUAGCCUCUUCACUCACCUUCUCCAACGCCUCUUCGCCAGUGGACGACUCGGGUGUUUUGAAAGACACGGCGGCUAUCCUCCAGGAACUCGCUUUGCAGAGACUGUCCGGCGGCGUUGGAGGAGAGCUAUCCGUUCCCACGAGGAAACGCUACGACUCGGAGGUGACGAGAGACAGAAGGAGUUUCGAUUCCGAGAUCGGGAGAGAAAUCGUCAGAGAGAGAAAAAUGAGACAGGAACUAGACAAUGCUAGAGGAAAAUUCGAAGAGUCGGCGGCAGGUGUUCCGCACCUGCCACCUUGCCUACGCGCUCGACACGCGAGAGCCACCAGAGCCGCUCUGAGUCGCUCCCUCGACGAGGGGAAGUUCAAUCAAAUGACCGGCGAGACCUGCUUGUCCAAGAAGCAGUCCUACGACGACUCUCAACACAGUUCCACGCCAAACGUGGGGUCUGAGACGAUAGUUGCAAUCAACAACUCCGACAGAUUGUAUGCCAAGAACCUGGGAGGAUUGGAUCUCGGCGAUCCGCAAUGUAGAGAGAGAAUAGACAAGUACAAAGAGGAAAGGAGAAUGUUCUUAAGAGAUAAGUAUAGAUCCGAAAGUUUUCGGGCGUCCAAAGCUGUGGAUGAUGGAGAGCAAGCGUUGUUGGCUAGGUUAAAGCAACGAGCUUCCAAACCCUCUCUUCAUUGACCAAGUGAUAUUGAUAAGCUUCAUGCUCUCUUUUGCUUCUAGAAUUCUAUUUUACUUAAUAUCAUUUCUCCGUAUACAUUCAAAUUAAAGCAAAUAGUGAUGUAUGUUAAUUAACAAUCGAUUACAAUUAACGGGGCUUCAGAUAUAUUAUAAUAAUAUAAAUUAAAAAUUUAUUUCAACAAGCACUGCUUUUUUAAAGAGAUUUAUUUUACUUGCAAGCUAUUUUAUACACUCCAAAUUUUUUAACCAAUUUUAAUUUAAUGGCAAUUCCUAUUUUCUUGCCUAGGAAAUUUAAUUUCUAUAAUUAAUUUUUAAUACUCCCAAGUCUCUGAGAUUUACUUUUAUUUUUCAAAAUUUCAAGUUAUUUUCAAACAAACUGUUAAAGACUAGAAUUAAAAAAGAAUUAUCAAGUUGUCUUUUGAUUAUCUUUUAGAAAGUGGUAGAAAAUUAAUUUUAAUUAUAUUUCUACAAUAAAAUUGUUAAGACGUUAAAUAGCAAUGCUAAUAAAAUUUGCAAUUUUUAAAUGCUGCUUUUAUUUGAUAAAAGUUGUAUUCGUUGUUAACGAAAGCAUUAAUAGAUAUUUUCGUAUGUUUUCGAAAAGUUUGAUAUAUUAAAUUUUAGUUAAUUAUACGUAAAUCAGAGACUUAUUUGUAAAAUUCAAAUAUUAAAAGUCUAUAACAAAUUUAAUAUAGUUUGUUGUGUGGAUCAGUUUUUGAAAUUGUUCUCUAAAAACUCGAUACGAGUGAAUAAGUAGAAACAAAAAAUAAAAAAUGAAUUUGGCAAGUUUAAGUAACUUUUUCAAAUACUCGUUUGUUUAAAACUAUAUUAUAUAUAUAUAUAUUUAUAUAUGUGAGGAAAAAGAGAAUUUGUUCUUUAGAAGCGUUGUAGUACGAUAAAAUUGUUAAAAUUCGUUAAUAUUGUCUUCGUUUCUAAAAAUAAAUAUUGAAAAUAAAAUAUUAUUUCAUUUUUGGAAUUGCAGAAUGUAUAUUUUUUAUUCUAGUUUGAAUCGAAUAUGCUGAAAGUUCUUAUUCUUUGACUGUAAUUAGAUAUUUUAUAUAUUUGCGACAUUGUUAUUUUUUUUUAUUGUGGACAGUCCGCAAUAAUAUAAAUAUCUUUUGUACAUGCUAGGUCUUUAGCUUUAUAGUUAUUAUAAUAAGUUAAAAAUAAAGAAUGGAUCGACUGUUUUGUCAAUUUCAUUUUGAAAUCAAGA